UCUUUUUUUUUUUUUUUUUGUUUGUUUUUCGUCCAAUCGUUCUCUUCCAACAUGUCGUUCGUCGACAAGCUCGCGCGCGCCGUGCUCGGGAAUCCCGUGCUGCGCGAGUACGAGCUCGGCGCCCAGAUUGCGACAGGCGGGCUUGGUCUGUCCUGGAAGGUGUUUGACGCCCACAGCAAGGCGACCAACGCGCGCGCGUCCGUCUUCCUGCUCGACAAGAAGCAGCUGGACAAGUUCCCAAAGCCCCGGCGAGAAGUGAUCCUCGAGUUUCUGAGACGCGAAGGACAACAGCUGGCAAGACUCAGACACCCAAACAUUCUGGACGUCGUGUGCCCGCUGGAGGAAGCCGGCGAUUCGCUCGCGUUUGCCACAGAGCCGAUUGCUCACUGUCUGGCAAACAUUCUGGCACAACCUGCAUCGUCGUCGUCGGCGUCGGAUGCUGCUGCUGCUGCUGCUGCUGCUGCUGCUGCUGCUGCUGCUGCUGCUGCUGCUGCUGCUGCUCCAGCCCUCGAGGAGCUCGAGUUGCAGUUUGGCUUGCUGCAGUUGACCCAGGCGCUGCUCUUCUGCCAUCGCGAGGCCCGUCUGAUUCACGGAAACAUCAAUCCAGGCGCUGUCUUUAUCAACGCAAAGGGCGACUGGAAGCUUGGCGGCUUUGCAUUUGCGCUCACCGCCGUGUACUCGGCCGACGGCGCGCAAACUGCCUUCCACCAAACCGCCAAUUACGACUAUGCGGCCGCCAACCAUGCCGACAUGCUCUACCUGCAGCCCUCGGUCAACUAUCUUGCGCCCGAGUAUGUCACUGUGCGGUAUUGCACCGCCGCCAGCGACGUCUACUCCCUGGCCAGCUUGAUCUACGCGCUCUUUGCCAAGCAGCCUCUCGUCAACCACCAGACGGCUCCGGGUGGCCCCAAGAACUUUGAGUCCAACAUUGGUCUCAUCCAGCACUUGCAACUCGAGCAGAUUCCUGCAGCGCUCGCGCCGUUCGUCCGGCGUGCGUCGAGCUUUGAGUCGCAGGGCCGUCCGGCGCUGACUGAACUCGCCUCCAACCCUUGGUUUGACAAUGCAUAUGUCGUGGCGUUUACCUUCUUGUCGAGCCUGGCUGCGGUGCCCGAUGCACAGAAAGUGCAAUUCCUGAAGGGUGUCCCGCGGCUCAUCCCAAAGCUGUCGCAGCGUGUCUGCCAAAACCGCGUUCUGCUCCCGCUGCUGGUCGAGCUGAAAAACACUGCUCUCAUUCCCUUCCUCCUGCCUUCAGUGUUUAUGAUUGCCGAAAAGGCCUCCCAGCAGGACUUUGCAACGCACAUUCUGCCCGCACUGUUGCCCGUGUUUGCCUUGCAAGAGCCCAUCCAAAUCCUCAUCUUUUUGCUCCAAAAGAUGGAGCUCCUCUUGGCCAAGGCCCCCGCGGCUGCCGUCAAGCAGCACAUCCUGCCCCUGCUCUACCGGGCGCUCGAGAGCUCCAACUCGCAAGUCCAAGAGCUCUGCGUGCGCAUUAUUCCGACAAUCGCCUCGGGCAUCGACUAUGCCUCCAUGCGUGGCUCGGUGCUGCCUCGUCUCGAAAAGGUCAUUCUGGAGAGCGAGUCGAGCACAGUCCGCAUCAACACGCUGGUUUGUCUGUCCAAAAUCGUGGAUCACCUCGACAAGCACACCAUGGAGGAGAAGGUCUAUCCGUUGCUCGAGCGCGUUCCCAUCAGCGAGGCAGGCGUGUGCAUGGCCAUCCUCGGCAUUCACGACUCCCUGUUCCGCCACGCCAAGCUCUCGCCCGACGCGUCGCUCAUUGCGAGCCGAUUGCUUCCUUUCCUCAUUCCCCUCAGCAUGCAUCCGACGCUGAAUGCACGGCAGUUUGGCAUGUUCAGCACCAUCCUGCGCGACAUGUUCAAAAAGUUUGAGUCUGAGCACAUGUCCAAGCUGGAGCAAAUUUCCCAACUCGACACGAUGGCCAGCGGCCCCAUCAACGGCAGCACCGGCUCCUCUGGCGGCAUCCCUGGCAGCGCAGACACGGGCAUGAUGUCGUCCAAUGGAUUUGCAGCUCCUGUCUUUGGUGGAGCUGCGGAUGAUCAGUUGCGACGAAUGGAAGAGUUGUUUGCGCGCGAGGACGCAGGCGGUGCGUCGCCUGCCGUGAUGCCUCAGGCGGUCGCGCCACUUGCCGCCGCAAAGCUGCCCGCCGCGCCUAUGAUGACUGCAACGAGCCCCAGUUCUGCAGUCAAACCCACGAGUACCUUGACGCCGGUUGCUGCAGCGACACCCUCGGCAGGACAGGCUUCCAACAACCCCUUUGAUUCGUUCGACGAUUUCCUGUCCGCCCCUCCGAAAACAAGCGGCGCGUUCCCUACCACGUCAACUACAGCCCAAAGCAAGGCCCCGCCCAGCACAAAACCCCUUUCGGCCCAGGAUGCAGCGUUGUUCGCUGGCGUUGGGGCCAUGCCUGCCACUUCUACCGGUUUGUCUGGGCUGGGUGCGACGAACGGUGCUUCAAGGCCCUCCAUCCCCGUCCAAUCACUUGGCGAUGAUGAUGCGUUUGGGAGCUUUUCCAGCAGCAAGCCAAUGGCCAGCUUCCAGCCACUCAAGCCACAACCAGCGGCUCAGACCCAAAGUGGAAUGGCGUUUGGCAACCAGAUGGCCGCAGCGUUCCAGGCUUCGCCAACCGCCGCAAUGCAGCAACCAAUGCAGCCAAAGACGUCAACCUUUAUGCAACCGUCGCAGUAUGAUGCGUCCCCGCGCAUGACUGCAGCGCCAACUGUCCCACAGCAAACUGGAGGGUUCCAGUUUGGUGGCAGCAGCAUGGCUCAGCCUCUUGCUCCAACAACCACGAGUGGUGGCAGCUUUGCCCAGCCCCUCAUUCCCACUGGCGGCUCGAUUCAUCCCGCGUCACUCAUGAACAACGCUUCGCCGAUGGCUUCGCGUCCUUCCGCACCUGCUGCCAAGUCGAACAAUCCCUUCGACGACUUGUUGUAAUUGGAUGAAAAUUUGGUUUAAGAAAAAGUCUGAAAAUAAAGGUGAUUUCCAGA